CAGAACUACUACGACGAAAGACAACCAGUUUGGAUGUCAACGUUGUUCAUUCGUACUAAAUCAGUACAGACGAUUAACGACGUCGACUCAGACGAUCAGUCUAGUCCAGACUGAUAACGAAUCGUGAUCUGUACCCCAGGCUUAGGGCUGCCCUUGACUGGCUCGGCAAGUGACAAACUGUGUGGGACCGUGACACACGAGGCAAAGGCGUGUGAGGAGAGUAACUUUGGCACUUUUGCACAGUGCUGUUACGAGACGAGACGGGACGGAAGCGGAUCCACCCAUCCUUCAAAAGGAGCUUUUGUUGAAAAGCUUGGUGGCAACCACAACGAGGCUCGAUUCACUCCGGAGAGUACGCCCUCAUGUCCUCAUCGCCCCCACACAACGAGGUCCAGCUCUCAAGAGAGUUCCUCCUCGCCCUCCUCUCUGAACUUUCCGUACUCGUCUUUCAAGAGUUCGGUUGCCAAAUCCGCCUAUUCAUCCAUGGUGGCGCGGUGAUGAUUCUCCACCCACACCUCUCUACUUCCAGUUCUCGAAGGACUACCAGAGAUAUCGACUAUAUACGUCGUGCGUUUGGGCAUGAGUGGCGGAAAAAAGGGGUGUUCGACGCUGAAGAGCGUUUACAGCGUUGCAUUAACGCCGUUGCCGUCAAGUUUCGUAUAGGCACCGACUGGAUGAACGCAGAUCCUGACGUUGCCCUCCCAUUCGCUCACAAUUAUACGACCCCAUUUACCACUGACUCAAAGCAGCCGAACAACAUCGAUAUGAACACCAUAUACAAGUCGCAAGGCCUCAGUGGUCAUCAGUGUGACUAUCUCGUGCGCUACAAGAAAGAGGACCCCACUGAUAUAGUGGCUAUGCUCCGCCACGGCACGAAACUCAAUGGCGUCCAGUGGACGCCCUCCAUUAUGGAGACAUGGAUCAAGACCCUCUGCUGGCCCAUGGGCUACAACUCGUACAGACCGCAGCAAGCGGAGGAACUUCGGAACCGUAUCCAUGAUGCCGUGCACCACUUACAAAUGUUACCCGAAAAUUCACCAGAGGAGCCCUCGGCCAUGGCGUUUGUCCCACCUCCUGCACUCUCCUCAUUACACACGAUGUCGAGCAGCUUAGCUCCACACCCGUUCUCACAACCGCCGUCGGCGUCCUCACUGAAUUCCAUUUACAUGUUCCACAGCCUGUCACCUCCCGCACCCAUGGGGGAGCGCACGCGCCGGUCAUCGAUAAAUUCAUUACGACGUCAAAACUUCUCACCGCCCAUGCCAUUGUCAUUCACAUCAUCCCAAUCACCGCAUACAAUCCCUCACUCUCACUCGCUUUCGCAAAACCCUUUCCGCAUGCCGGAGCCCUGGGCAGCGCCUCCGCCACCGCUAUUUCAGCCGAUGCCCUCCAACGCUUUCUGAAUGGACCUCCUUCGACCAGCAUAAGUACCUAGACUGCAACCGAACCCAAACCCGGGUGUAUCAAGUACCGCAAGGCACAAGUCAUAUAUCUGCACUCUAUUAGUCGUAUACGUCAUCCUUUAAAUAACUGCUUUCUUGUCCAGAGUUUUGCUCUUUUGAUACUGCUAUCUAUACUUUCAUAUGUUUGCGCUGGUAUGUACGAUAUCGUAUUUCGUUUUGUAGCUAGGUAGCUUAUGUAGUUGUAAAACUUGUCGUUGACGACUUAUACUUUCUAGACUGGUACCUAUCACUGAUGAAGAUAUGUGGAGAGAACGUUGACUGCGAUCGCGAUGUAUCAUAGGCCACUACUGUAAGUAGAUAAUAGAUAUGCAGCAAUCGCUCGGAAGCUGUUAAACUGUUCAAACGUUCACUAGGAAGGUCAC